AUGCCUCGCCCUCAAGUUUUCUUCGACAUCACCAUCGGUGGAAAGGCUGUCGGUCGAGUUGUAAUGGAGUUGUACAACGAUAUUGUGCCGAAAACGGCUGAGAACUUCCGCGCUUUGUGCACUGGUGAGAAAGGAGUCGGCCAGUCGGGUAAACCCCUCCACUACAAGGGAAGCAAAUUCCAUCGUGUCAUCCCGAACUUCAUGCUUCAAGGUGGUGACUUCACUCGAGGAAACGGAACCGGAGGAGAAUCGAUUUAUGGAGAGAAAUUCAACGACGAGAACUUCAAGGAGCGCCACACUGGACCCGGAAUUCUCUCGAUGGCCAACGCUGGACCCAACACAAACGGCUCUCAAUUCUUCAUUUGCACUGUGAAGACUGAAUGGCUUGAUGGAAAACAUUGUGUGUUCGGUCGUGUCAUUGAGGGACUCGACGUGGUGAAGAACGUCGAAACAUACGGAUCACAAUCCGGAAAGACAAAGGCUGAAGUAGCCAUUGCUGACUGUGGACAACUC